AGGAAAGGAAUGGAUUUUCUAUCGAACAGUCGAUUUCUCGGGCUCGUAGCUUUGGGCUGCGGGGUGUAUGUUACGCGGGAAGUACACAUGAUGUAUUUCAGUGAAAAACCGUGGGACAGGAAACAGCACGGUUAUGAAAGAUAUCCUCCGCGUGGAAAUUUCCCUGAUUUGCGCCUGCACAACAACAUAAUGGCGAAUCAUCUCACGCCAGACUUGUAUGAGUCGUUAAGACACAAAGAAACACUCUUCGGUUUCACUUUAGACCAAGCUAUUCAAGUCGGUGUGGACAAUUUGGGGGUUCCAUGGCAACGAGCAUCCGGGAUAAUAGCGGGAGACAGCCAUUCAUACGAGGUGUUUGCACCAUUGUUUGAUGCUAUAAUCGAAGAGUACCAUGGACAUAAAAAAAGGAAUCUUCAUCCAAGGGAUAUGGACAGUCAUAAGAUCGACGAAGGACAACUGGACAGUGAUUAUGUGCUGUCUAUCAGGCUGCACGCUCGACGCUCCCUACGGGGUUAUGCUUUGCCGGCAGGGUGUCCCCGCAGCACAAGAAGGAUCCUUGAGGACCUUAUUUACGCGGUACUCAUGCGACUGGGAGGUGAAUUUGCUGGUGAGUACAAGCCACUUGCCGAAUUUUCAGACUCAAAGCGGGGUUCUCUCAAUCUGCCAUCGCAUCCCAUGUCACCAGUAAUUACGUGCUCAGGGCGUGCCCGAGACUGGCCUGAGUCACGUGGUGUCUUUUGUAAUAAGGACUGCACCUUUUUUGUGUUCGUAAAUCAAGACGAUCACCUGCAGUUUAGGUGCUUUGAUAUAGGAGGGAACCUUCAAGCGGUGUUCGAUAAGUUGGUUCGAGGCCUGGCCGCGUUUGAACGAGAGCUAAAGAAGUCUGGGGAAGAGUUCAUUUGGGACGAUCACCUCGGUUACAUAGUGUCGGACCCAAUCCAUCUCGGUACUGCACUCGAAGUCAGAGUUUGCGUUAAACUGCAUCACUUAUCCACGGAUUCAAGACUUCGAUGGAUACUAAAAGCCUACAAAUUAGAAAAGAAGAGGACUGGCCUUUCGAAAGGAGAAAUGUUGGCUGGAAUAAUGUAUCUUCAUAACACUCAAACUCUGGGUGUGUCUGAAGUGAAUUCUAUCCGGCAGUUAUGUGAUGCAGUUAAACGGCUUAUAGAGCUAGAGCGCAUGCUUGAACAAGGACAGGAUAUUGAAGAUGCUUUACCCCUCCCCCCGGUUCCUGUGGGAAAAUCAAUCAGAUUUGACACUUUGGAAUCCUAAAUAAUCUAAAUGCUUUGUAUAAAAUAUAUAGACGACAACCGAACCGUUAUAGACUGUUUUGUAUCAAGCUUCACCUUAUGUUUCCUUCUUGCGAAAUUUACUCGAUUUACUCGAUGAAAUACUUUUUGCGUGCUCUGAAUUUAUCACAUAGUGUAGCAUUGGUCUCGUACCCGGACCUUUCACGGUUACAAUUACACAAUGUACGUACAGUAUAAAUAACUUUUCACUCUGGAUCAGGGUAUCAAUUUGCUUUGGAGAAAAAGAAA